GCCUCCCGCUAUCCCUUUUCCGAAACAUCUCAUCUCAUCUCAUCUCUCAUCUCUCCACUCCACCGCUCCCCUCCUCCCCUCCCCCGGAGAAGAACGGUCCGCCGCCACGGCUCGUCCGGCGAGACACAACAUGAGGACCAGGAGCGGCUCUCUCUAUCCCUGCGAUCCGGCGGCCCCCGUCGCCGGCCAGAAGAGGAAGCGGUCCCCCUCCGCCGCGGCCGACGAUGGAUGCCGGAAGCGCCUGGCCGGGGGUCCCGACUAUUUGGAUGGCAUCCCUGACGACCUCGUGCUGUCAAUCUUCUCCAAGCUCGCCGCGUCCGCGAGCUCCCCCUCCGACCUGCUCUCCGUCCACCUAACGUGCAAGCGGCUCAACGGCCUCGGGCAGCAGGACAUGGUGUUCGCCAAGGCCUCGCCGGCGUCGCUCGCCGUCAAGGCGGCGGCGUGGUCGGAGCCCGUGCAGCGGUUUCUGAAGCGCUGCGCCGACGCCGGCAACCUCGAGGCCUGCUACAUUCUCGGCAUGAUCCGGUUCUAUUGCCUUGGCAGCCGGAGCGGCGGCGCGGCCUUGCUCGCGAAGGCGGCGGUCGGCGGGCACCCGGCGGCGCUCUACUCGCUGGCCGUCAUCCAGUUUAACGGGAGCGGUGGCGCCAAGUCUGACCGCGACCUGCGCGCCGGGGCGGCGCUCUGCGCGCGCUCCGCCGCGCUGGGCCACGUCGACGCGCUCCGCGAGCUCGGGCACUGCCUCCAGGACGGCUACGGCGUGCGCCGCGACCCGGCCGAGGGCCGCCGCCUCCUCGUCGCCGCCAACGCCCGCGAGCUCUCCCUCGCGCUCGCCGCCGCGGCGGCCAGCGCGGCCUACCCCUUCGCCUCCCUCCCCAUCGGCGCCGUCGCAGGCGGCGGCGGCGUCAGCACCAGCCCUCUCCUCUCGGACUUCGGGUGGAGCCUGCCGGAGGCAGAACCCCACACGGCGAACCAGUUCAUGUCGGACUGGUGGGCGGCGCGCGGCGUGCAGGCAUGCGCGAAGAAGCCCGACGCGGCGGCCACCGGCGGCGACGGCGGGGAGGGCGAGCUCCGGCUGUGCUCGCACAUGCGGUGCGGGCGCAAGGAGACGCGGCGGCACGAGUUCCGGCGCUGCUCCGUGUGCGGCGCGGCCAACUACUGCUCCCGCGCGUGCCAGGCCCUAGACUGGAAGCGCGCCCACAAGGCCCAGUGCGUGCCCAUGGACCGCUGGCUCGUCGGCGCUGCCGGCGCCGCCGCGCCACAGCAGUGACCCGCCCCAACGGGCAACGUCGAACAUGUACCAGUAGCACCGGUGGCUCCACGGCGCGGCCGGUGGACCAGGCGUAGCGGAGUGGACGACGGUGAUGAUAAAUGAGGAUGCGUUUUCCUGGCGUUUUGCUUUCUUUUUGCGGCCGUUUGGGUGUCGUCUUGUCAGAUGUACGUACUCUACUAGGGAAGAGCGGACGAGAGAUUCUACUACUCCAGAACAGAACUCUAGCCUUGUUUUCUUAAUCUUUUCUCUCUCUUUUAACUUUAAAAAUCAAUUAGCCCCUCCUAAGUUAAUCAAAUCAGUAGCAAGGCGAAAA